AUGAGGCCUCGAGGGUACCAACGAGCUCCGUCAAUGGAGGAACCAACGGAGAUUACGAAGGAGAAGACGCUUCAUCCAAAUUACCCAUUUCUCAUGUCCUCUCAUGGUCUCAAGUCGUUUGAAUCGGACGACGAUGACUCAGACCGCGAUUCCGACGAUCAAUUCGCUUUUAGCAUUAACACAGAUUUGCUAGUCGAUGCCAAAGACGUAUCUAUUGGGGAACUGAUCGGCGAAGGUUCAUCUUCAAAAGUCUACAAAGGAUUGUUCAGGAAAGUUAACCCUGUGUCAGUGAAGAUAUUCCAGCCUAAAAGAACAUCUACUGUAGGCAUUGAGCAGAAGAAAAAGUUUCAAAGGGAGGUUCUGUUGCUCUCCAAGAUUAAACAUGAAAAUAUUGUGCAGUUUAUCGGGGCCUGCAUAGAACCAAGCUUGAUGAUAAUUACUGAACUCAUGGAAGGCAAUACUCUUCACAAGUUUAUGUUGAGUACUCGUCCUAAGCCUCUUGAUCUGAAGCUCUCGAUUAGCUUUGCGUUGGAUAUUGCUCGGGCAAUGGAGUUCCUGAAUGCAAACGGCAUCAUUCACCGUGAUUUGAAACCAAGUAAUAUGCUCUUAACAGGUGAUCAGAAACAUGUAAAAUUGGCGGAUUUUGGACUUGCUAGAGAGGAAACUAAAGGUUUCAUGACCUGUGAAGCUGGUACCUACAGAUGGAUGGCCCCUGAGUUAUUCAGCCAUGAGCCGCUUCAAAUUGGCGAAAAGAAACACUACGAUCAUAAGGUGGAUGUUUACAGCUUCGCUAUUGUCUUCUGGGAGUUACUUACCAAUAAAACCCCAUUCAAAGGAAAGAACAACAUCUUUGUUGCUUAUGCUGCCAGUAAAAACCAGAGACCAAGUCUGGAGAAUCUUCCAGAAGGAGUUGUUUCAAUCCUUCAAGCAUGCUGGGCAGAGGAUCCUAAAGCUCGUCCUGAGUUCAAAGAGAUUACAGUUUCACUAACAAACUUGCUUAGAAGUCUAUGCUCAGACAACGAUGAUUCUUCGUCGAAUAGCAAAGCCAAUGUAGCUAACGAGGAUUCAACUAGCAAACUGGUUCAGGAACGCGUUGUCUGUGAUUGUCCUGGGCUGAAGAUGAUGACGACGAAGAAGAAGAAAACAAAUAAAGUGAUGAAUAUGAUCGUUCCUUUUCUCAAGAUCUUUAAAAAUUGUUUGUCUAAGUGA